AUGGAUAUUCUCUUCCAUGAUGCAUGCAACAUCAUUACCGAAAAGUUGGUCAUUGUAGUCCUGCCCAUGAUAUCUGUGACAAGAAGGAUGGUGGUGGUGGUACCUGAAUGGACGGAGUCGGUGGGUACUCAUGAGUAUAGAGCUUGGCGAGAUGAAAGACUAGUCAAAGACAUUAUGAAUGCAACUCAAAUGCAUUUAGUUGUGGCAACUCUGAUAAUGACAGCUACCUGCACCGUUGGUUUUACAUUGCCAGGAGGUACUGAAAGCGAUACUAAUAGCCCUAACAAAGGGAUGGCAAUUCUAUUAAGGAGAAUAACAUUUCGUACAUUUGUUGUUUCAGAUGUUAUCGCCUUAACAUUCUCUGAUGCUGCUGUAUUCGCCUACUUUUACAUUGCAACAAUAACAAUAGUAUCAUCUGUACCGGAGUUACAAGUUAUUGACCAGCUUUAUAAUAACGCAACUAUGUUGCAGCUUCUGUCGAUAGCAGCAGGUCUAGUUGCAUUUGCAACUGGCAUGUAUGCUACUUUAGCACAUUCAGUUGGUCUUGCCGUUACUAUAUGUGUUAUCAACGUCAUCUCUUACUAUUUGGUCUGCUUUAUGAUUCUUCUUCCUAAAACAAGGCCUAGUGAAAAUCGUCUGAACAGAUCCAUUGUGUGA